AUGGACGGCAAGCGGCGGCCAGGCCCAGGGCCUGGGGGGCCCCCGAAGCGGGCCCGUGGGGGCCUAUGGGACGAGGACGAGGCUCCCCGGCCCUCCCAGUUUGAGGAGGAGCUGGCGCUGAUGGAGGAGAUGGAGGCGGAGCACAGGCUGCAGGAGCAGGAGGACGAGGAGCUGCAGCCCAUCCCAGAGGCAGCCACAGACGGCUUCUCCCCAUCAGACAUCGAUCCCCGCUGGCUUCGGCCUGCCCCACCUCCCCUGGACCCCCAGAUGGAGCCCCUCAUCUUCCAGCAGUUGGAGAUCGACCAUUAUGUGGGCCCCGCGCGGCCCCUGCCGGGGGCGCCCCCACCGGCGCUGAGCUCCGUGCCGGUGCUCCGCGCCUUCGGGGUCACCGAUGCCGGCGUCUCCGUCUGCUGCCACAUCCAUGGCUUCGCACCCUAUUUCUACGUCCCAGCGCCCCCCGGUUUCGGGCCCGAGCACCUGGCCGAGCUGCAGCGCGAGCUGAGCGCCGCCAUCAGCCGGGACCAGCGCGGCGGGAAGGAGCUAGCGGGGCCGCCGGUGCUGGCCGUGGAGCUGUGCACGCGCGAGAGCAUGUUCGGGUACCAUGGGCACGGCCCCUCGGCCUUCCUGCGCAUCACGCUGGCCCUGCCGCGCCUGCUGGCGCCCGCCCGCCGCCUGCUGGAGCAGGGCCUCCGCGUGGCCAGCCUCGGCACCCCCAGCUUCGCGCCGUACGAGGCCAACGUGGACUUCGAGAUCCGGUUCAUGGUGGACACGGACAUCGUGGGCUGCAACUGGCUGGAAUUGCCGGCCGGCAAAUACGAGCUGAGGCCCGAGGGGAAAGGGAAGGCGACGCUGUGCCAGCUGGAGGCGGACGUGCGGUGGUCGGACGUGGUCAGCCACCCGCCGGAGGGGCCUUGGCAGCGCAUCGCCCCCCUGCGCGUGCUCAGCUUCGACAUCGAAUGCGCCGGCCGCAAAGGCAUCUUCCCGGAGCCGGAACGGGACCCCGUCAUCCAGAUCUGCUCGCUGGGCCUGCGCUGGGGCGAGCCGGAGCCCUUCCUGCGCCUGGCGCUCACCCUGCAGCCCUGCUCCCCCAUGCUGGGCGCCAAGGUGCAGAGCUACGAGCGGGAGGACCAGCUGCUCCAGGCCUGGGCAACCUUCCUCCGCAUCAUGGACCCCGACGUGAUCACCGGCUACAACAUUCAGAACUUCGACUUUCCCUACCUCAUCGCCCGGGCCCAAACCCUCAAGGUGGAGGCCUUCCCCUUCCUGGGCCGUGUGCUCGGCCUCCGCUCCACCAUCCGAGACUCGUCCUUCCAGUCCAAGCAGACGGGCCGGCGGGACAGCAAGGUGGUCAGCAUGGUGGGCCGCGUGCAGAUGGACAUGCUGCAGGUGCUGCUGCGGGAGUACAAGCUCCGAUCCUACACCCUCAAUGCCGUGAGCUUCCACUUCCUGGGGGAGCAGAAGGAGGACGUGCAGCACAGCAUCAUCACAGACCUGCAGAGCGGGAACGAGCAGACGCGCCGCCGCCUGGCCGUGUACUGCCUCAAGGACGCCUUCCUGCCGCUGCGGCUGCUGGAGCGGCUCAUGGUGCUGGUGAACGCCGUGGAGAUGGCGCGCGUCACGGGCGUGCCCCUCGGCUACCUGCUCAGCCGCGGCCAGCAGGUCAAGGUCGUGUCCCAGCUGCUGCGGCAGGCCAUGCGCGAGGGGCUGGUGAUGCCCGUGGUGAAGGCGGAGGGAGGCGAGGACUACACAGGCGCCACCGUCAUCGAGCCACUCAAAGGGUACUACGACGUCCCCAUUGCCACCCUGGACUUCUCCUCGCUGUACCCGUCCAUCAUGAUGGCCCACAACCUCUGCUAUACCACCCUCCUGCGGCCUGGGGCCGCACAGAAACUGGGUCUAACCGCGGAUCAGUUCAUCAAGACACCCACGGGGGACGAGUUCGUGAAGGCGUCAGUGCGGAAGGGACUGCUGCCUCAGAUCCUGGAGAACCUACUCAGUGCCCGGAAAAGAGCCAAGGCAGAGCUGGCCCAGGAGACGGACCCCCUGCGCCGGCAGGUCUUGGACGGAAGGCAGCUAGCGCUGAAGGUGAGCGCCAACUCCGUGUACGGCUUCACCGGCGCCCAGGUGGGCAAGCUGCCGUGCCUGGAAAUCUCACAGAGCGUCACCGGGUUCGGGCGUCAGAUGAUUGAGAAAACAAAGCAGCUGGUGGAGACCAAGUACACGGUGGAGAACGGCUGCAGCGCAGACGCCACGGUGGUGUACGGCGACACCGACUCUGUCAUGUGCCGAUUCGGGGUCUCCUCUGUGGCUGAGGCGAUGGCCCUGGGGCGGGAGGCUGCGGACUGGGUGUCGGGCCACUUCCCCCCACCUAUCCGGCUUGAGUUCGAGAAGGUCUACUUCCCCUACCUGCUCAUCAGCAAGAAGCGCUACGCGGGCCUGCUCUUCUCCUCCCGGCCCGACGCGCACGACCGCAUGGACUGCAAGGGGCUGGAGGCCGUGCGCAGGGACAACUGCCCCCUGGUGGCCAACCUCGUCACCGCCUCGCUGCGCCGCCUGCUCAUCGACCGAGACCCCGCGGGCGCCGUGGCCCAUGCGCAGGACGUCAUCUCGGACCUGCUGUGCAACCGCAUCGACAUCUCGCAGCUGGUCAUCACCAAGGAGCUGACGCGCGCGGCCGCCGACUACGCGGGCAAGCAGGCCCACGUGCAGCUGGCCGAGAGGAUGAGGAAGCGGGACCCCGGGAGCGCGCCCAGCCUGGGCGACCGCGUCCCCUACGUGAUCGUCGGGGCCGCCAAGGGCGUGGCCGCAUACAUGAAGUCCGAGGAUCCCCUCUUCGUGCUGGAGCACAGCCUGCCCAUCGACACGCAGUACUACCUGGAACAGCAGCUUGCCAAGCCGCUGCUGCGCAUCUUCGAACCCAUCCUGGGCGAGGGCCGCGCAGAGGCCGUGCUGCUGCGCGGGGAGCACACGCGCUGCAAGACGGUGCUCACGGGCAAGGUGGGCGGCCUCCUGGCCUUCGCCCAGCGCCGCAGCUGCUGCAUCGGCUGCCGCACGGUGCUCAGCCACCAGGGAGCCGUGUGUAGUUUCUGCCAGCCCCGGGAGUCGGAGCUGUACCAGAAGGAGGUGUCCCACCUGAACGCCCUGGAGGAGCGCUUCUCGCGCCUCUGGACCCAGUGCCAGCGCUGCCAGGGCAGCCUGCACGAGGACGUCAUCUGCACCAGCCGGGACUGCCCCAUCUUCUACAUGCGCAAGAAGGUGCGGAAGGACCUGGAAGACCAGGAGCAGCUGCUGAGGCGCUUUGGGCCCCCGGGUCCCGAGGCCUGGUGACCUGGGGGGACACCCCAGGAUUGGUGGAGAAUUCACAAAUAAAGCUCCGGCCUUUUGUUAA